AUGAGCUGCCUCAGGGGACGCCGUCAAACAGUGAUCCGCGGAGAAGAGAAGGAUUCGAGGACUCGGUUACGCUACAUGAGCAUAAGAAGCGCCGGAACGCUCGAUACACGUAUUCUUGCAGUAAAAGAUGGCGACGCGAUCAUACAGAUGGCAAAAGAGAAUAGCGCGACAUCGGAUGCAUGAAAGAGAGAAGGUCACAAUGAAUACCUAGCAGAGGUGCGAGGCUCCAGUCGAGCCGGAGCUCUUCUUGUCGGACUGCAUGAGGACGACUUCGGCAUGUUCAGCCGUGGCUUAUUUUGCCAUUGCUCUGGCAGUAUCGCCCUCGAAGAACACGAUAAGUACCAGGUACCUUAGUGAUCUGUCGGCAUGCAACGCUGAUUUUGUAAACCAUUCCGUGAUUUCCACAGGCGCAGCUGAACUCGCGCUCUUAUCCGCAUGGUUGUCGUUGUCCUUCCUAGAAGUUUCACUUGGAAUACAUGUAUGACUGACUAACCGCUGGCUGACGGGAACUCGCACGGACCAAGCUGGGGGUUCCUCAUCAUUCUCAGCGCUUUACUUGAAGCAAUGCCACCACCACGUCGCUCAGCCAGAGCCAGCCCAAGCCAACCGCCAACCGCCAACACCAACACCAGCACCAGCACCGGCAUCGAACUUGCUAACAUGGUUUAUUACACGGGAACUGACGUGUUCGUGCCAGGAGAUGAGCUACUUUCAACCGGUAACCACGACCCCGUCUUCGAGGACGACCUCAGCUCUGAAGCUGAUGUGAACAUCGCAGUGACACCGUCAAAGUCUUCAUGCCUCUGCAAUGGCCCCGAGACGCUUUCCAUGAUCGAGAUGUCAGACACUUCUACAAUCCAGCAGCACAAGAACGCUCACACAGCUUCGGCCACUACUGAGCGUCGUUACGAGCGCAAGCGCGAGCUCCAUGUGAUAAGACUUCCCAACGGUGGGUUGACAGACAUGCAUGGAACCCCGAUUGUGGUCGACCCACCCCACAACGCUCCCCUUCCUGUGCCUGUCGUCAACCCUGCGCACAGGCGAGGAGGGACUAUCAGGCAAGAAUCACAGGAUUCCCUGGAGACGAACCGCCGCCGCAUCAGUGCCGUUGCUCGCAGAACUCCCAGGCCGAUGAUGGCGCGUUCCUCGGGGCACGCUAAGAGCAAGUCCAGUGCCUUCCCGCUGCACUCCGACUCGCCCGCCCAAAAACCUCAGGGCGUUCAGCCACCGGGCUCACAGCAGUUCCGACAGAGCCUCAAGAUCAAGCUGGCGCCACUGAAAACGGCAACCCCGUCCAGUAAUGCACGCAAUAGGCAAGGCGAGCACAGCUCAGUGGAAGGCAAUCCAUUGCUUCGUGGCAGCAAUGGCCGGCUCAUCUCUAACAAGAAGCAUUCCGCCACCACCAAAAAGAGUUUGAUUAUUAAACUGAAGCUCAAAUGAAAUGGUACCAGCCCCCGAGUGCUACCGGAGCAAUCAUCCGGUGUGUCUGUCUGUGCCGCAUGGUAGCCAGGGCACCUUAUGCCGGUCUAUACCAGAAAAUUUGAAGUGGUAGAGGGGCCUUCUCGGGGCGUCGCUCGCGUGAUCUCUCAGGCUGAGAAUCAUGGUGGGAUCGAGUUAGGCUGUCCUGGACAGCUUCCAACGAGAGACAAGAGCGGUUCGCCUAACGCUGCAUGCCUAAGGUACAUUGUCUCGAAUGCUACAUGGAUGUUUGUUCGUGCAGGGUGAAGACGGGUUUGCUGUAUGUAACGGAGAAGGUACGGGAAAGAGCUCUUGUCGAUACCUACCUCCUAUGACAAAGCCACAACCAGAUCUGUGCCUACAGGUACCUUACCUACCUACCUAGGUACCUACACAGGUGUGAUUCAUAAAAG